AUCUUCUUCAGAUUAUAGCCUUGGGUUCAAAGCUACUAGUAACAAAAGGGCAGGUUCAACUACCAGUAACGAAGGGUUGAAUUCUAGCCUUGAGUUCAAAACUACUGAUUCUAGCCUUGGGUUCAAACCUACCAGUAAUGAAAGGGCGGGUUCAAAACUACUGGUUAGAGCCUUGAGUUCAAAACUACCAGUAAUGAAAGGGCAGGUUCAAACUACCAGUAACGAAGGAUUGGGUUCAAAACUACCAGUAAUGAAAGGGCAGAUUGGGUUUAUAACUACUAGUAAUGAAGAUCUUCUUUAUUUUAGCCUUGGGUUCAAAACUACCAGUAACGAAAGGGCGGGUUCAAAACUGCCA